CCCCCCGCGCACGCGCGCUGGGGCCCCGCGCCGACCAGUCGAGCUCGGCCCGGCUCCCGCCCAGUCGGCGGCCAGCGCGACUCCCGGAGCGCCCGCUGCCGUCCGCCACAGCCCGGGAGGUCCUGACCAGCAGACGCCCCGCCCGCCGCGAGUCCUCUGCCUGGAGCUGCCGCCUCUCCGCCGGGCCUCCCACCCCGCCCGGCCGGCCUCAGAGCCAUGGCCACGGAGGAGAAGAAGCCGGAGACCGAGGCCGCCAGAGCCCAGCCCACGCCCUCGUCGUCGGCCGCGCAGAGCAAGCCGACGCCCGUGAAGCCAAACUACGCCCUGAAGUUCACGCUGGCCGGCCACACGAAGGCGGUGUCCUCCGUGAAGUUCAGCCCCAACGGGGAGUGGCUGGCGAGUUCCUCCGCAGACAAACUCAUCAAGAUCUGGGGCGCCUACGACGGGAAGUUCGAGAAGACCAUAUCCGGGCACAAGCUGGGAAUUUCGGACGUGGCCUGGUCCUCGGACUCCAACCUCCUGGUCUCCGCCUCGGACGACAAGACCCUGAAGAUCUGGGACGUGAGCUCGGGAAAGUGUCUGAAGACCCUGAAGGGGCACAGCAACUACGUCUUCUGCUGCAACUUCAACCCGCAGUCCAACCUCAUCGUCUCGGGCUCCUUCGACGAGAGCGUGCGGAUAUGGGACGUGAAGACGGGGAAGUGUCUCAAGACCCUGCCGGCCCACUCGGACCCCGUCUCGGCCGUGCACUUCAACCGGGACGGGUCCCUGAUCGUGUCCAGCAGCUACGACGGGCUCUGCCGGAUCUGGGACACCGCCUCGGGCCAGUGCCUGAAGACGCUGAUCGAUGACGACAACCCCCCCGUGUCCUUCGUGAAGUUCUCCCCCAACGGCAAGUACAUCCUGGCUGCGACCUUGGACAACACGCUCAAGCUCUGGGACUACAGCAAAGGGAAGUGCCUGAAGACCUACACCGGGCACAAGAACGAGAAGUACUGCAUAUUCGCCAACUUCUCGGUCACCGGCGGCAAGUGGAUCGUGUCGGGCUCGGAGGACAACCUGGUGUACAUCUGGAACCUGCAGACGAAGGAGAUCGUGCAGAAGCUGCAGGGCCACACAGACGUGGUGAUCUCGACGGCGUGCCACCCGACGGAGAACAUCAUCGCAUCGGCCGCGCUGGAGAACGACAAGACCAUCAAGCUCUGGAAGAGCGACUGCUAGGCCCGGGGCUCGGGGCCGCCGGGGGGCCGCCGGGCUGGCCGGGAGCGGAGCGUCUCGGGGCCCCGGGGCCGGGCCGCGGCAUCUGGGAGGGGCCCGGACUUGAGUUGCCUCUGAAGACGACGGCCUUGGGGGAAGUGUUACCGUCAGAAAGUUCUGGAAGGAGACGUUUCUUGCCAGUUCCUCUCACACUGUUUGGGGAAGAGUUCCUAGUCUGUAUUGUGUUCACACAGUCCACAAAAACUUUAAUUUUUUAUUCCAGAGGGGUGAGGUGAAGUUCAGUUCCUGAGAGUUGUGUGUUUUCCAGUAAACGUUCUGUGCCGUUC